AUGCCAUCCGUCGACGCUUUGACGACAAGCUUGAUUAUUCUUACCUCUGGUAACAAGUCUUUUGUUGCUUUCAGCAACUUGAGCAACACUGAGUCACUCACAAAAAUGUGGAAGGUAUGCACCAAAGUUGCUUCAUAUCUCGAGCAGGGUCAAUGCCUCGAGAAUCUUUCUUGGCGGCUUUGGCACUUGCAAAACCUCAUGGUCGACACCGACAAUGCAAAGUCCAAAUGCGAGUUCAAGAAACUGUCAAAAAACAUGGGCGACAAACUCGACAAGGAGAAGGGCCAUGCCAUUGAAUCUCUCAAAGCACCUGACUUCAAACGAAACACUUCAACCAACCUCAUCCAUCAGCGAGCUGUCAAACACGAGCAUUCCCAGGAGGCUUCCCAAAACACCUGCCCCAGUAUUAUCAAGCAAACACAAUCUACAUUCAGCACUGACGCUUCCCCUGGCUCCUUCCCUGCAACCUCCUCUUCGUCCUAUACCUUCUCUGGCAAAGGGUCUAUUUGA